GCUGACGCGGAUGAUCGCGCUGGUCGUGUUUGUUUACGUGCCGGGGCUCCUCUGACAAUGCGCUCCUCCGACACUUCGCGCUCGUGCCGGGCCGCGUGAUUCGGAAAGCGAUACGAAACAGGAGGAAGGACGGUGCGCGCUCGACGGGAUGAUCCGCGCGAGUAUUCUCUUCUGGCGGUAAGGUUAUGUCUACGAUUGUCGGCUCGACGACCGGACCAGCGAUAGUGCUCGGACAAGUACGCUUUUUAUCGGGAUACGAACGAUUUCGUGACGAUGAGGACGGGCGGCAUGCUGGACGGCCGUGAGUUCGGCAAGUGCGUGCGCCGCCUCCUGGACGGCAAUUACUCGUAUCGCAAGGUCCUCCUGAUCGUCCUGGUGUGCGGCGGUCUGCUGCUAUACUUUGGUCCGCCCAUCGCGCAGUGGCUCUUCUCUACCACUAGGGAGCCUAUAGAAGCAUUUGAGGAUCGUUGCAUGAAUGAGAGACUAGCUAGUUUCUAUUUUGAUGCUGUUGAAUACAACGCAAAUAUUCUGCAUAACCCACCUAAGGAGAAUGAACAUUCUUAUCUGCCAUACAUUGGUAAUGGCGUAUUUGGCGUUCCCGUCUCUCCGGAAGGCUGGCUGUACAUUAAACACGGGAGAGCACUUUUGCUAUCUGUGCCGUGGCAACCAUUAAUCUCACAUCUCAUACCCAGAGAUAGUUUCUAUCGAGAAGCAACUAUUGUUCACUUUACAAACGGUAUUGUUUAUAAGUAUCAGUGCCUUAGAGAGGGAUAUCAUACAGAAUUUCAAUAUUACGCUCAUAGAGGUCUCGACGGAAUAUUGAUGCAGACUGUAAAACUUUCUAAUCCAUUUUCACUCUCUCAAGAAGUACCAUUGAAGUCACAGGAAUCCACUCAUUGGAGUAAUUCUCACAUAGAGCCUGUCAGAAUUCAGGUUGACGGGCUUAAUUAUGAUUAUACCCUCGUAUCUGGAUUUGUGUCCGUGCCUAACUCCAAUAAGAUAAUAGUUGUAUCGAUAAUUUAUAAAGUUCCACCUAAAACGGUGCAAGUGAAAGCACAUAGCUCCGUCAAGUUGGAAUUUCUGUCGAGCAUUCAAUACAGUGAGCUAAUUUCAUCUGAACAAUAUCAUGUGGAACGCGAUGCGACUAAGAAGAGGGCUAUUGAUUUGAUAAAAAAGGCAAUUGCGCGCCAGCAACGAAAUUUGAGAGAGGAACACUUGAAUUUCUGGCAGAGUUACUGGUACACAAGUCUGAGAAUAAGUGAUUCCAAGGCCGACAACGCCAUUAAUGGCCACAAGAUUAAUUCUACCAUGUAUUAUGUAUUAUCUCAGGUGUCGCGGAGUGCUCAGGAUGUCGAAAAAAAUAUUGCUAUGAACGAGGGUUGCUAUCGAGGUCACCAUACUUUGGAUGCUCCACGUUUAUGGAAAGAUACUUCGACUAUCGACGCUGUGAAUGAGAUAGUCGAAGCAUGGUUAAUAACGUUGGAGAAGCAAGGUUGUCAUCAUUUGGUGACUGGAGGUCCUGCAGCUGUACAGCAGGCGAUUGUGUUGAGUCUCGGUAGUUUGAGAUUUAGUAAUCAACAUCUCGAAUUUAAUAUCGAUCCUCAGUAUCUUCAUCGCGACUAUUUAUUUAGGAGAAUAAGUUACGGGAAUGUAUCGCACGUAAAUAUAUCUGUAACAGUUGGUGAAGAUAAUCGUGCGAUAUUAGGAGUAGCUUUGGAUAAAAGUGAUAGUGUUUAUUAUGGAUGUGAUGCUGGUUGUUUGGACGCACCAGUUCCUCUUGAUCAAACCUAUACGAAAUUUCCCGUAAAGUUAACAAAACCAUUAACCGCGAUACUUUAUAUAACUUCCGAUCAUCAGCAUAUGCAAGAACUUCGUAAUGCUCUACAUGUACACGAAGUGGAUGAUGCGCCAGCACAUGAUCACCAAGUAAUGGCUUUGCACAAGCAUGGACAUCAGCUCGGAGGUUUGCCUACGUUGUUCUGGGUUAGCAUAUGUUUUUUGAUAAUUGUGUUCCAUCUCUUUCUAUGUAAGUUAAUUUGUAAUGAAUAUUAUGGUCAUCAAGAUCGGCAGCGGAUCCGAUAUAAUAAACCGUGAUAUAAUUGUA